CUCUGCUCCUAUCGAGUACUACUAAGAUUCACACUAGUCAAUAAAUAAAACAAACAAAAAAAAAAAACUGAAAAUGUUCAAGCUAUUCAUUUCAUUGGCUGUCCUCUGCCUCGUCGCCACAUGCUUCGGUCAGACCUUCCAAUACUCUCACGGUUGGACCAGCGGCAAACGCGCCCAUCGUGAUAGCGAAGCUCCCGAAAUUUAUAGUCUACAACAAGAUGGCGAUCGCAAAUUGGAACGAUGCCUCAUGCAAUUGCAAUAUUUAUUACGCAAUCCCUUGCCUAUUCGUGCCGCUGUUCAAACAAUCGCCCCAGCCAAUAGCAAUCUGUUCGGAAAUCAUCAUCAAUCAAAUGAAUUGUAUGAGGAAUUGAAUGCUGCAGAGGCGAAUGAUUAUAGCAAACAUUAAAACGCGAUUAUGCCCGAAUUAUUAAUACCAAAUAAAUAAAAUAAAUGGAUUCCAUUCGAAUUUAAUAGUAAGCCUCUAAUCAAAUAUUUAUGCUUUAUUACCAUUGGUUUUAAGUAUAUAGUAUUAUUGCUCACUUAUUCAAUGUAAAUAUUUAGAAUUAUGGCAUUUCGCAAACUAAUUUAAUUGAUUACAUAAUUAUUGUAUGCAUUUUAUGUUUAAAAAGAUUUCUAAAAAUGUUAUGAAUAUAUGUAUAAAGAAAAUAUUUUCAAAUAAAUCAUGCAAAAGUAGCAAACGUGCU